ACUUGUUAUUUAGCACUGUGUUUUGAAAAAUGAUUAAGACGUUCUAUUUGAAAUAUUUCGGGACUCUAAAGAGGGAGACAAUAAUGGCCGAUGCCCUGGUCUUGGACUGGUUGGAUGAAUUUGAAUCACUUACUGAGAGUGAAAUCCACACCUAUUCUACGGAGCAGGAACAUAACCAUGAGGUGAUGAUAGCACUGUAUAAUGUUCUAGCAGAACCUCAAAAAUACAAGUCUGACAAUUUAAUCGAUGGAAUAUGCCAACAACUUUUAAACUUUUAUCGAUCAGGCGAAGAAAGUUUAAGGAGAUUUGCUAUGCAGUUUAUACCUACUCUUGUAUUUUUACACUUGUCUGAUAAAUCUUAUUCUGCUGUACAAACUUUACUAGUUAGUUUAUACAAUUUGGAGGUGAUCGAUUCGAAAGGUCAGCCUCGUACACUAUCUUUCAGAGUACCCAGUCUAGCACAGUCGUCAAUUUUCCACGAUUCGACCAACCUAGAACCUGCAUUUAUAGCGGAGAACUCCCUGAGAAGGUGGGAAGAAUGCAACACCAAGCUGGUGAGUUGGGGCCCCUUACCCCAAGUAGAAUGUUUGAACGCUCAAAACAGGCAGCGCGUCGUCACGGCACUUGUCUUUCUUUACAACCAACAGUUGUCUAAUGUCAUUACCCAGGGCAUCGAACAAACUUGUAAAGGAGUUUGCAGAUUAGUGACGCAGGGGUUCAACAGUGGUUCGGAAAGUGCUAGAAGUUCAAUAACGAGCGACAGUAGUUUUCACCAGAGUAAUUUACCGAGGAUACCCGUAUCGAGUCCAUUACUAAUAGAGUUGCUCCAUAUAGUUUACCACGCUGCUGAAAGAUGUGCUAGUGCGGCCAUACAAGCAUUGCAUGAUGUCAUUCAGAGAGCAAAGUAUGAAUCAUAUGCAGAAGUUAUUCUAGCCGCCAGUGCUAUAAAGAACCUACUCCAACACUCGCCCACCGUCUCGGCCACCCCGAGACCGUCGCACAGCCACAGCGUGUCCAAAUCAAUGAUAACCAACGCCUCCUUCAGAACCAAGAAGCUACCCGAUGACAUUCCGAUCCAAGAUGUCAAUCAGCAGCCUCAGCAGGCAGACGUACCGUUGGACUCGAUCAGCGAGGAGCAGGAGGACCCGGACAAGGGCAAGUCCCGGGGUCCGGGCGGCGCCCGGAAACACCUGCCCAAACUUCCAGGUCUCAGCAAAAAGCAUAAGGUUAAAAACAACCCGCAAGGGGAACAACAGCAGAUUGAGUUGGCGGGCAGUGGAGAUCAAAGCGGGGAGGUCAUACUUAACGACGCUAAUCAUGCGGUGCAUGUCAGUGCGGUAUAGGUUGGGAUCGGUGUAGGGUCGGUACGACUGGUAUAGGGUGAUAACUUAUUUUUAGUCACGGCAAGGGGUAAUGCUUUAGAUACAGGAUGUUAAUGAAGUACGUUGAUAAAUUUUAAAGAGCAAUUCGUAAGUGAUUUUAAGUCGGAAAAAACAUUGAUACGGGUUGGCAAAUCAUUAGUUUUCGAUUUAUAAGAAGUUGGAUUUAAAACAAAACCUUUUCAAAGAUAUCUCUGAAGAUGUUUGAUGUGGAGUAAUGAAACUGAGGCUAAUGAUUUAUCUAAUUGAAGAUAAAAAUUCACUGAACUGGGAUAGCAGAGUUACGGGAGACAGUUUUACUAAAACUAAAAAUUCAUCGCCGUUGGGUAUUUUGUAAUUUCUUGUAUUU